CAUUGCUACUGGAGGGGAAGAAUCCCUCUCAUCAUUGAGAGAAACCAGAAGAGAAGAGAAGACUAACACAGACGCACCAACAAGAGAAGAGGCUUUAAUGUGGAUAAGAAAGUGAACCAGUGUUUUUUUUUUUUUUUUUCCCACCCCCACCUGAUCCUCUACAGUCAGAGGAAGUAACUUCACCGGACAUCAGACAAUGUAAUGAUUUGUUUCCAGCGCUUUCUUCCAGCUGAGUGCAGACAGUCACCAAAGCUUCCCUCGGUGCGCCCCGGAGCGCGGAGCAGAGUGGAUGGCCACAGCUUGCAACUUUGCUGAAAUGAAGCUCAACUCUCCCCUCCGCUCAUUGCUCCCUGUUGUCGCGGUUGCUGUUCUCACAGCUGUUAAAGUGCAGGAACAACGUGAGGGAAUGGGCCGUUUUUGAUGCAUUGACUUGCAUUGACUCAUUGACUUUACCCUGAGUCUCAUCACCCUUGGUUCCUUAAGAUGAACCCUUUUGGCACACAACCCCCACCUCCGUCCUCCACCCUUACCUGUGUUUCUUCAGCUGUGAUCCCUUCUCAACCCCUCGUCCUCCUGUCAUCCCCAUCAAAUGUUUGCAAUUACAGUAACAGAAUGAUUUUUGGCUGAGAGUCAGAAGUUUGCUGAAGAUCUCGGGAUGUCCUCCACACCAUCUCCGGUUUAUCCCACCGUCAACUUUCAGGUCCUCAAUGUGGACCAUGUGAUUUUGAGGCAGGACAGUCCAGAGCCAUCAGGGAACUCCACCCUGAAGGCCUACACUCAGACUUUCCUCAUCACUGGCCCAGGUGCUGGGGUCCUCCAGUCCGCUGUCAACGCUUCUUAUGGCCCCCUGACUGUAGACGCCCCGAUCCCUCCGGACCUGCUCUUCAGUGGACGCAGGAUCCUGCCAGUCAUUUUGGGCCGCCAGGUUCGUUCCUCGUCUCCUGUUGUUAAGAUCCUCUUCCACAUGCCAACAGAAAGCAACAUUGCUGUUGGGCAAGAAAGGAUGGGGUCUGGGGAAGAUAACGGGAAGACAAGCGAUGGAGUCAAGGCGAAGGACGGAGCUCACUGUGUGACGGCUUACGCCUUCUGGGAGACAAGGGAAGUUCGUGGGGCGUGCCUGGUGUCUCCAGGUGGAUUCUGUGUGGCACAGCUGAAGCCAGAACCUGUCUGGUUCAGCUCGGCCAGCCGAUCAGGAAGCUCCAGCAGGGAAGCUGGAAAAACCGAAGGAAUUAAGGGGCUUCAGGGGAACCUAGUGGAGGUCUACUUCCAGAGUCGGAGGGACCAGACAGGCCAGUGUACCCCGCAGGACAGCCUACAACGUGUAGGAGUGGGAAGAGGAAGAGACUCUGGGGGAUCAGGGACACCGAUGAGGCGGAUAGGAAGUGUUAAUCUGCUCAGGACUCCACCCGGAAACCCUACCUUCCUUCGGCUGAGGCUGGGAGGCGCCGUGGUGAUCCAGACAUCUUCCAAGCCCCUGAAGACCAGCGAUGUGGCAACUUUCUACAUCUUCCUAGCUAGUACAUCUACCCUGGAAAGUUUCACACUCAGGGCGACAGUAAAAGCGGGUCUGUCCUUCAGUGCAGCGCGGCCCAGCGACUCAGCGCUGUGGGACAUUCUGGUGGAGCCUGGCAGAGGAGCGUCCCCCAACACGGUCUCUGUCGUCUGCCACAGGAAGGUCGCUAUCACUGCUAAGAGGGGUCUUCUGGAGGUUUUGCAGCUUGACUUUGUGCCGAAAGACGUUUCAGAGAAGGCUGAGAGUCAGACGAUUUCCUGGCGUCUGGAGUUGCCAGGGAACGUCAAGGAUGUGGGCAUGAUGCGGAUCUACACGACCCAGAGAGACUACGUGGGGCUGGCACCUCUGGUCAUGAACACAGAUAUCUUGAAUACUGCAGUGCUGACGGGUAAAAUGGUGUCAGUCCCUGUGAAAACUCUGGCUGUGGAGGCUAACGGUUCAGUCACAGAUGUGACCAACUACACCAGCUGUCGGUCCACAGUGGUGGAUGCACUCAAGGUGUCAGAGGGCUGUGACUAUGUGUAUGUAAAUGGAAAAGAGACAAGAGGAAAGAAGAGGGUGAUGCUCAACUUUACCUAUGGCUUCCUGAGUGCCCAGCUGGAGAUGAGUGUGUGGAUGCCACGGUUGCCAUUGACCAUUGAUGUGGCCGACCCCGAGCUCAGCCAGAUCAAAGGCUGGAGGGUCCCUGUUACUACCGGCAACAGGAGGUCUACAUGGGACAGUGAGGAAGAGGAGGAGAUGAGGAAGGGCAGGGGCUGCAUGCUGCAGUAUCAGCACUCUACACUCAGAGUGCUCACGCCCUUUGUGGCUCAGGCUGGUGCUGAGGUGCCGCCUGAUCUGCUAACUGGGGCAGAGCCUGUUGACUAUUUCCUGGGUCCUGAUUGGCAGGUGGAUGUGACCAAUCUUGUACGCUACUCUCUAAAAGUGGCAGACCCUGACGUAGCCAGGGUGCAUGAUGGGGUGGUGCUGCAGGGACGGGCUGUGGGCACUACUACUGUACAGGUGCUGUCCCCUCUGACGUCAUCGGUCCUGGCUGAGAGGAGCAUCAGGGUGGUGGAUGACAAAGUGAGUGUGACAGAGCUGGGAGUGCAGUUGGUGUCUGGACUCUCUCUGUCCCUGCAGCUCAGCCCAGGAAGCAACAGGGCCAUCAUUGCCACGGCAACCACACGGGAGGCGAUCACGCAGCUCAAACAGGAAGCGGCGGUCAGUUGCUGGGUUCAGUUCAGUGAUGGGGCCGUUGCUCCACUGGAGCUGUUCGACCGCAGCAUCUACUCUCUGACAGUCUCUACACCAGAUGAGGGUGUGGCCACAGUCCGCCGCACCCCACUGUCCACGUUUGUGGUAGCACAAGGUGAAGGCGAGAGCCAGGGGGCGCUAGUGAGGGUGGAGCUGAGGAUCUGUGAGGAAUGCCAGAAGUCCAAGAGGAAGAGCAAACUGGCAGUGGGCACGGGGCUCCUCAGAAUGAACUUCCAGAGUAGCAGCAGAGCCGCAGCAGGGGGAGGAGGAGGAGCUAGUGGGGUUGGCACUGACGGGAAUAAAGAUUACGAUGGUGGCGCAUCAGAAGCAUUAGGAGAGAUUAAAACGACGGUGACAUCACAGCGUGCCGUCACAGAUGUGGAUAAAUGGUUGCUAAGGAGCACAGUACCUGACCAGCAGGAGUCCGACAUGUCAAAAACAUCCACCUCAACCACAUAUUCUACGAGACCUGCGCAGCCACAUGUUGUGUGGAUUGGAACUACAACCAGAGGUACAAGAGGUGGCACAUAUACUGUCAUUCCCACAACUGCCACUACGACUAAUACACCAAUGAGCACUGCCAAACCUAUAGCAACAACAGUGGGUGUUGUCAUGAAAGGUGAGGGGCAGAAGAGCAGCUAUGGAAACAUGCUCGACAACCCCAAUUCACCCCCUAACAAAGACAUUCCUAAAGCAGAUGUGACACCCAAGAAGGAGCCUCCUAAACCUAAAACUCCAAAAAUCAUCGAGAGCGACCUCAUCCGCACGUUCAGAGCCAUGUCGGACUUGGAAAUUGGCAUGUAUGCCUUGGUAGGGGUCUCCUGCGUAGCCAUCUUGGCUUUUUUACUGAACUGUGCUUCGUAUAACCUCUGUUUCCGUAAUCACAAGACACCCAUACAGGCCGGCCCGGCCCCCAGCAGGGACUCGAAGGACCACAAGCAUGACUGGGUGUGGCUGGGGAGCAAUAACCAGAGCGGUCCUGCCCCAGGCGCCGCAGCUCAAGCGUCCACGCUAAAACGUGAGACCCAUCGCCCUCUGGAGUCCCGUCAUUCCAUAGACUCCAUGGGUCACCGUAGCCUGGAGAACACCCUGCCCACUGUGAGUGCCCCGGCCGUGCCCGAAAGAACUGCCACCCUGGGCCGCAGCAGGACCAGCUCCCAGCAGCAGCAGUUUCAGGGGAAGGCGAUUGACCCCAUGGCGAAUCGCUCAGCAACCUUGCUGGCCAGGCCACACCGGAGCGAGCCGCUUCAUUCCCCCACCAGUAAGAGGAACCAGGUCCAGUUCACCACCUUCACCACGUUGGACAUCAAGCAUCUGGCUGCACUGAAGAAGAACGGAGUGGACUUAAAUUGGGCCAACCAGCAGACGCAGCAGCACCAGGCCCCUGCUGAGCCUCAGACACCUUUACCUGACAUGCCAUGGCCUGUAGUCAAACCUCUAGGAGAGCCCCAGUGAGUUCGUUCAAUGUGUGUGUGUGUGUGUGUGUGUGUGUGUGUUUGUGUGUAAGUGAGUAAGAGAAAGAGAGAGAUGGAACAAAAAAGUGUAGAUUCACAGCAUGUUCUGGUGUAGAAUCUCUAAAAGAAAAGAAGCUGGCUUUCCUUUUUUUUGAUAAAAGAUAAAUCACUUUAGAGGAUGUAUUUAUUGAGAUUACAUAAAGAACAUUUUAUAUGAAAGCCUGUAAAUACAGUAUGUAAUGAUGUGUCCAUGAAGACGAAUAUGAGAGAUACUGUGCGCAAGUUUUCUUUUAUUUGAAGAGGAUGUGGUCGUGAGAUCGAGUCCUGUAAAUACACAUAUAUCUAUACUAUUACUCAUUUCUACGUUUGUAAUUCAAAGCAAAUUAAUUUUCAUCUCCUUUUACCUUUGUACAAUUCUGUUGCCCCUGUAGAAAUGGCUCCAGACAUUACUAGUUGUCAGGGUAAAUGCAGUACAGGAGGGAUUAUUUCUUGUAAAUAAUUCUAUUCUUUUCCGGCCUUUUGUACUUUUUUUUUUUUCUAGGAUCCCUCCAGAGAAUACCUGAAGAGUCUGUGCAAUUUGUCAGAGAAUAUGCAACAUUUAUCAAGUUAUUUGGAGCAAUCUGUCACUGCGGGUCUUCACCAGAUACUUAUUCAAAUCAAAUGCAUGCUAUGCAAAUAUAGUCAGUGCGGAGUUUGAUGUGGACAUUGUUUCUGAAUUUUUUAACAAAGUUACCUUGGCCCCGAGGCUUCUCCUGAGGGUCUGGUUCAACAAUUUGUAAAAAUGUCUAAUCUCAGUAUCUUGACUCAGAGCAAUGCAUAUUCAAGUGUAAGAUUUUUCAUGUGUGAAUGAAAAAUGAUGAUGCCUUUUUUAUGUAACAACCUCUUAUUUUGAAACCAAAAUGUGACGUGUAUUUCCUACGAGAUCCUAUUAAUAAAGAACAAAUAGAUACA